UGGCAGAGGGCGUCCACAAACCGUCGACGGCAGCGCAACAUUACGGAUUAAGAGCGAGAAGGUGCCACAAAAAGAAAGAGAGAGAGAACAAGACAGAGUGUACAAGGAUAACGGUUUACAGAAGAAAGCUUACCUUUCUUUUUACAAUUUUUUUUUAAUUUUUUUUUUUGUUGUUUUUUGUGUAAAAUCUUAAAAAAUUUAUUUAAAAAAAAAACGAAAUGAGAUACGCCGGAUUACCGUUAGCAGUUCUACUGCUCUUCUGCUGCUACUGGGCCGCCUCUGCUGCUGCUGCGUCUGCUUCUUCUUCUUCUUCUGCCACUCCGGUUGCAAGUCCCGUUAGUUCAUCGAAACCCAAACGUGAUGCCGCCUUGAGCUUCGGGAGCCUGUCCAGCUACCACGGCCCCUCCCACAAGUACCUGCCGCCCGCCUACGAGAACCACCUGAGCUUCGGCGGGGUGGGAGGAGGUGGUGGAGGUUAUCAUGGCAAUGCCUUGGGUUCCGGCCACGCCUACACGGAAUAUGCCCACCUGGAGGGCGGUGAUCAUCACUACGGCUCGUCGCACGGUCACGGGUACGGGUACUCCAGUGGCAGUUCCAGUUCCCAUGGCAGCAGGCCGCAUCACUAUAGUUCCGGAGGAUCCGGUGGUCCCAAGAUCGAGACGUACAUUGUCCAAACGAGCAGCGGUUCUGCCGGAAGUCACGGUUACGCAGGUGCCCAUGGACUGAGUCACGGGGGAAGUCACGGGCUGAGCCAUGGACUGAGCCACGGAGUGAGUCACGGCCACGGUUCCGGUUUGGGCUACAAGUACGGAGCACCUUCGUCCGGAGCAGCAUCCUCUUACCUGAAUCUCCUCGGAAACGGACACAAGACCAGCACCUAUAUAGUGGCCACGCCGGAGUACUCCGGAGCUGGAGGCAGUCACGGCAUCGGCUACGGAUCGGGACCAGUCCAUGGCAGACCCUCGUUCAGUGCCCACGGUUCCCAUGGCUACAGUCACGGCUUCGGGCAUCAAAUCAGCCACGGACCACCGAGUCACGGACCCAGUCACAGCCUGGAUCACAGCCUGGAACACGCUCUGGAGCACGGACUGACCCAGGCCUUGGGAUUGGGUGGACACGGCUCAUCCUCCGCCGGCGGUGGCGGUCACUACGCCCAGCAUCCCAUUCCCGAAGAGCACUCCGGCUAUACCUACGAUGCUCCCGCGACGCCCUUCGGCAAGGGAACUCCCCUCACCAGCUACGGUGUCCCGCUGAUCCCCGGCUACGAUCAUCAGGAGUCGCUGCAUCAGGAUUCCCCCGUCCAGGUCCAGAUCCUCGAGCAAUCCGAUCACAAGGUGGAACGCGAACGUGACCAGGAACGCGAAACACCGGUAUAUGCUCUGGGGCACAAGGGUCUGGGCCACUUCACGUACACGGCCAGCAAGCCGCAAGCCCUCCACACGGACAUCCAUGCCGGCUCCUCCUCCUCCUCCUCCGCGUCCUCCGGCCAUGAUCUGGAACUCAGCAAGGCCCCAUUCAAGCCGAGCGCCUUCCUCGGCGCCAAGCACGAGAGCUCCGGUUCGAAUGCCAUUUCCGGUUCCGGUUACGACUAUGCCACGCCCACAUCUCCAUUCUUGCAGUCGUCGCCGGGCUACGAUUAUCCAGCACCGGCGCAACUUUACGGUCCACCCGGGCACUCUGGUGACUCGGCCACGCCCAUUUUUGAGCCGGAGGCAACCUAUCUGCCACCCGCCAGCAGCUACUUGCCACCGGCCACGCCCACCCAUGGCUAUCAUUAAAUUAUUAAAAAAAAAAUAAUAAUAAUUUUAAGAACGAAAUAUUUUCUGUAUUUUUUUUCCCACUUUCUCU